UAUAAUACUACUCUAUGGCAUAAAGUUUGUGUAGUUGUGUAGUAAAAAUAAUUAGAAUAAUUUAUUUUGAGCAAGAAUUGAUAAAAUAGUUACUUAAAAUAAAACCAUUAAAAUUGACACAACAUGUCUGUAAUAGCUGUUAGGAAUAUACCUAUUAGCAAACUGUGGAAUAUGAGAAAAGUAAUGUUAGAAUUAGCUAAGUACAUAAAUGGCCAAUUCGACGGGCUCCACUUAAAAAGAGGCAAAUCUACCAAGACUGCGUAUUUAAGGCUAUCUGAAAAGUUAGAUCCUAUACGAGUCGUAGAGAUAAUCAAUCGACAAAAAGCAGGAAAAAAAAAAGUCAAGCUUAUGGCCUUUAUACCGGACGUAAUUCCCGAUCUUCCUGUGCCUAAGUCUUUCAAAAAAAAGAAACAAGCUGAACUAGGACCGCCUCAACCACCAGACCAGGUUUUAUUUCUAGCACAUCAUGAAAUUUUAGUAGAACUUCAGAGCAAGUACACAGAGUUAUAUAAACUAAGCAAGAGCAAUGAUCACAAGUUGAUGAAAGAAAUUGCUAAGACUGUGUUUGAACGCUUGAGACAUAUUCUAAAUACUAACGCCGAGAAUGCUAAAACACCAUUUAUACUUAGCAAAACAUACAGGAAGUCGUACCCGCAUUUUGCUGAUUUCCAACUGGUUUUGUCAACCCUGCACUGUAUAGAGGACGCGGCGGGUACUCCUCGCACUCAACUAUUGGAGCACGAGCUAACAGCCCCGUCCUAUGACCUCUCAGCUCACGGUGAAAUUCCUUAUGAGAAGGUGGUCAAAACGUGUCAAAAGUAUUCGAACAAGAUAGAGGUGAAGGUUACAGAGUACAUAAAUGGGCUCAAGACGGACAUCGAACCAGAGAACGCCACCCCGGAGGAGCUCGCUAGACACAGAGUGAGGGUGGAGCUCAAGAAUAUAUUACCUUACAUGGGACCGAUGCUACGUCAAGUGGUGACGACAAAUUUCGCUUGCCCCACCACACCAUCGCCCAUGGCAUACAUCAGGAUGAAAAUUUACGGCGAGCCUUAUUUACCUACACGUGACCACUUGGAGCCGGUUAUGAAGAAGUUCGACGCGUUUAAGAUAUUACGUGCGGACCAUAUCUGCAACAUGGUGCGAUUCACCAUAAUACAACGACAUUACUCAGCUCUGAUGAAGCUGGACGGCACUGAAUUAGGUGGUGCGAAAUUAGUCAUCAGAAAGUCUGUGAUGGAGACGUACAAGGUACCAGAGGUGUUAAUUAAAGAAUUGAAAGCCCUCCUCAGCAGCGAUCGAGAAAUGCCCGAACCGGAAAUGAACGAUGAGGAUAUGGAAGAUUGGGGAGAAGAAUUGUAAACUUCAUUCCAUUCCAAAGUUUUAGUUUUUCGGUUACAGACUAUAUGCUAUAGCUAAUAAGGUCUUUUUUAUGUUUAGUGUAUUUAUGACGUCAUUUCGCUAGUAAUUUUAAAUGUAAAAAUAUUUUGACGGUUGAAAGUAGUGAAAAUGAAAAAACAGUGCUAUAAUAAUGUUGCCAAUUAAAAUCUGUCAAAUUGUAUUACGCUCGUUACGUAGUGAUUUACUCAAAAUAAAUCAAAAUUUGCAACUGUGAGGUUUAAUCGUUAUAAUUAAUGAUACACUGAAAGUUGACAUUUUCAUUAAAAGAAUAGAAGGAAGGUGAAAGUGAGUAUUCGAAUAAAGUUUUUGAGUAU